CGCAUAGAUGCAUACGAAGUACCUAUCCCGGGACAGCAGAACAUAAAAAAGAUACUUCAGACUAACUCUAGCCUGAACUUUUCAAGUAUUCCAUGUUAUUACCCUAGACUUUGCGAUCGCUUCAUGGCUAAAGGCGGAAGUUUCUAUACGCCAGAUAACAAGGUUUUCUAUUCUACACACAGAUAUGAUACCAUUGAUCCAACUCACCAAGCGAUCAGACUGAUAGAGUUGUCGCCAAAGUCGAGAAAUGGCCUCCUUGAUUGCCGCCUACUACCAGCUAAACCUUUGCGAAAGCUACGGCAUAAGUAUGUUACGCUAUCAUACUGCGCGGGAAGUCCGAAUUCAGUUCAUCCUAUGCUAGUGAACGGCAUACCCUUUAAUGCUUUCGCAAACCUGGGCCAUGCUUUGGAACAGGUUCUCCUCCAUUGGAAACAACACAAAUUCGGCAAGAGACAUGCUCGACUGCGGAUAUGGAUCGACCAGAUCUGUAUCAAUCAAGUUGACAUUGCGGAGCGAUCUCAUCAAGUUAGCUUCAUGCGGAAAACAUACGAACAUUCUUACGAGGUUCUAAUAUGCUUAUCGACGCCUCUCUUCGCCCCAAGACCGUACGAUAAAUUCGAACAUUUCCACCACAUGACCAAUGCUCGAAAAGCCAAGCUGUUUGAGCGAGCUCUGCUGAAGCGUGAAAUGGACAGUGAUGACUUGUUCUCUGGGCAUUAUAUGCUACCAUUGGUGCAACUGCAAUCUCUAGGCUUUCUCUACUUCUCGGAACUAUUCAAAGCACCGUGGUGGCGACGAGGUUGGGUCUAUCAAGAGUUCAUUACAUCCCGGCGGGCAUGUUUCAUGUACCUCGGUUUCUCAAUUUCUUGGAAAGAUCUUCAAAAGGUUUCGGCGGCUAUGGACGAGCUUAGCAGCAGCUUUCGCUUGAAAAGCUACUGUCAACAACAACAUGGCCAGCCUCUGAUACCCUUGUCACUUUUUGAUACUCCUGGAUUCGAGGAAGAAGUGUCACAUGCAUUAAAACAACACCACUGUGCUGCCUGCUGCCUAUAUGAAGCAUACUCUCGGUGGGACGUUGAGAAUGAGAGCUACACAUACAUGUUUUUUACUAAGAGCCGGUGGAAGAAUAGCAUUGAUAUUGUGAGCCUCUUAGUUGGCUCAAUGCUUUUCCUUACAUCAGAUCCUCGAGAUCAAAUGUUCGCUUUCAUCGGCUUGGCCGAUUCGAGAUACAAUUUCGCCCCGGACUAUGCUGCCUCGCUUCCAGAAUGUAUACUGCAGGUAUCAAAAGAGGUCUGGCGAAUUGGCCACGAAAGAGACUUAUUGGGAUUGGCGACUGAAACCAUGCUCCGAUCACAAUUUAGAGAUGACUUGCCUUCUUGGGCGCCCGACUGGACUGUUCGAGGUUUCACGCCAGACCGUGUGACCCUCACAGUGAACGGCCACUUUCUGAAGGCUUACUCGUAUAAGUAUGUAGCAUUUCGACGGCGCUCCGACACUAUUUCCUUUCUGGGAUACGUCAUGGAACGAACAAAGGCUAUAUUCAGAUCAGUUUCCCCUGAUCCUUAUGCUGCUUUAGCCCGAGCACCUAGGGGUCGCGUAGACGGGUCGACACUGUUGAUCUCUGGAUACUUUAUCGAUGUUAUAGAGUCCACUCAGCUCCAUAUAUCUGGUCGACUACCUGAUGAUCGCAAUCCAUUAAAUUGUACCAGCGAGUUUCUUGGUAGUUAUGACCUCAAGUUACCGCGUCCUUUGGAUCCAAUCCGCCGUGCGCUGGAAGGGUCUAAAGGGACAGAUGAGCCGAAAUAUGACGCUGCUGCGAGCACGUCAGACUUCAGAGUCGUUCAACGUCGGAUCGAUCGAAUUCGAGCAUGCCCGGGGCGGCGACUUGCUGAGCCCGCAUCAGCAUCUUUACAGCUCUGUAGAACGAAAGCUGAUCUGGCGAUUACCACCACCAGCGAUGUUCAGCCUGGAGACCAGGUGUGGCUUAUAGCUGGAAGUGGUGUAGCCAAGGUUCUACGUUCGACGGACAAAGAUCUCAAAUCUACGUUUCGUGUGAUUAGCAAUGUCUGGGGCGAUGUCCAGUCGUUUAGACAGUACCAGUUCACAUUCGCCGAUGAUACUAUGGAUAGAUAUGACUCAGAUGGGCGUUUUACACAGUCUCUCCGUUAUUCUUAUUUUAUAGAUGAUUUUCCUACACAGAUUCAAGGUUCUCCUUUUCUUAUGGGCGAUAUCCAGCAAAUAGGACUGGUCUGACAGGUAUAAGAGGCAGAUUUAGAAGAGCUGACACAUUGCACGAUAAUACGUUAGCAGGAGCACGUAUCAAAGAGUCACGUAUAUUAUAACGUUGAAUUUCGUGAUGCGUCGCGUAUGUAGGAGGAAACAAUUUACCGCUUUAUUGAAGUAUAUUGGACCAAUCACAAUGAUUUACACAGAGUUGGUUCAGUCAUUUGGAUGGGCGAGUUGAGGGACACAUAGUUCAUGAGACGCACAAUACGUUUUCGUAAGGAGUAAAAACUCUCUACGAAUGGGCGGAUUGGAGCAAGUAUACAUUAUUCAAGGAG